UCGGCUGCCAGUCCGGUCCGUAGCCACGAUGGAUGCAAUACCAUGCCUUCUGUUCGUCCUCCUGUUCGGGACAAGGAUACAAGAAAACACCGCCCUCCAGUGUUACUGUGACCGCUGCAGCGCCAACUCCAGCUGCACCACGGACGGCGUCUGCUUCGUCGCCCUCCGCAAGACAGGCAGCCAGGUGACCACCGAGCAGCGGCAGUGCGUGCGCGACAACGAGCUGAUCCCACGAGACCGGCCCUUCAUCUGCGCCCCGUCCGUCAAGCAUGACACGGGCAUUUACCCGCAGUGCUGCAACACGGACUACUGUAACAAGGAGCCCAACCUGAAGAUCUUGCCUGAAGUCAUCCCCGACAAGACUCCCCCUCUGGGGCCCGUGGCCCUCGCGGCGGUGAUCGCCGGCCCCGUGUGCGUGCUCUGCCUGCUGCUGGUCCUGGCCUUCUACGUUUGCCACAGCCACAGGGGUCUGGGGGCCGGGGGUGCCGGGGCCCAUCACCACCACCACCACCGGGUGCCCAACGAAGAGGACCCCUCCAUGGACCACCCCUUCAUCACCGUGGGAACGACGCUGAAGGACCUCAUCUAUGACAUGACCACCUCUGGCUCUGGAUCAGGCCUGCCGCUGCUGGUCCAGAGGACCAUCGCCAGAACCAUCAUCCUCCAGGAGAGCAUCGGGAAGGGCCGCUUCGGGGAGGUGUGGCGGGGCAAGUGGCGCGGCGAGGAGGUGGCCGUGAAGAUCUUCUCCUCCCGCGAGGAGCGCUCCUGGUUCCGCGAGGCCGAGAUCUACCAGACCGUGAUGCUGAGACACGAGAACAUCCUGGGCUUCAUUGCCGCUGACAACAAAGAUAACGGGACGUGGACUCAGCUGUGGCUGGUGUCAGAUUACCACGAGCACGGCUCCCUGUUCGACUACCUGAACCGCUACACCGUCACCGUGGAGGGCAUGAUCAAGCUGUCCCUGUCCACAGCCAGCGGCCUCGCCCACCUCCACAUGGAGAUAGUGGGAACACAAGGGAAGCCGGCUAUUGCGCACAGAGACCUGAAGUCAAAGAACAUUCUGGUGAAGAAGAACGGGACCUGCUGCAUCGCUGACCUGGGUCUCGCUGUCCGCCACGACUCGGCCACCGACACCAUCGACAUUGCUCCAAACCACAGAGUGGGAACCAAAAGGUACCUGCAUGCCGCACAGAGCCCUUUGUCAUGUUUCUUUAGAAGCAGUUAAGUUUGCGGUGGAAACCCUCUUCUGUAUCCAUCGUGGUUCUGUCAGGACGUACAUGGAAUUGUCUGGCUUGGUAAUUUUGUCCUCCGUCGGGGAUGUGUUAGUGAUUUCUGUCGGCUAACCAGGAUGUUGGGAUGGAGCCAGUAUCCGAUGCAGUGCAUGAAGAGACUAGGCAUGUCCCGAUCACGUUGACUUGCCCCUAAUCCUGAUAAGUCAUUUCAUACUAAGCAUCUACCAGUGCCAAGCCCCAAUCCGAUUCUUCUUAGAUAGAUAAUAAUAAAAAAGAUGUAGUGUAAUGUCUACCUGAGCAGAGAAUGAGGUCGUUCUCCCUCUGUGUGUGCUGUAAUCAGAGCUUCUUAGUUCUUUGCUGACAUAGCCAGGCCAGCCGUGUGUGCUUUAAGUGCAUGUUCAUGCCUGUGAGCGUGCCCCAACGGUCGGCUCACGGUCCCCACUCUGGACUGCUCUCAUACGACGGUUACAGCCGAUAGUCAACGCGGAAUGCGUACCACCCACCUAGCUCUGUCAGCACUGAUGUCGUGGUUUGCACUAAAAGCACUGUUAGCAACGUUAGCUGCUAGCCGCAGGCUCAGCUGUUGCCAUGCCGAGAAGCAAUGUCCUGUAUAGCACCUUUAAAGUUAUUUAAAUCAAUCCAGCUUAUCCGCUUUACAAUUGGAUAGCUCUGCAUUGCAUUAAGAAGAAACAAGCCUGUGUUCAAGCUGUUCCAUCAUGAUUUUUAUUAGAAUUUUUUUAAGAAAAUAAACAAACCCUCUCUGUCACCCUUUUGGCCUGUCGCUGUCUGGAGGGAGUUUGUCUCUCUCUCCAGUCGUUGUUGUUCGGUGCAGCCUUUGCCUGAGUUACCUGAAUGGACUGUAAUCCGACGAGGGUUGUGAUUGCAUUAAUGAAUGACUAAUUGUUUGCUUGCAGUGCUUUUGUUGCAGUGGCGUGGUGAAUGUGGUUGAGACAGCAUGCACCAUAGGUGACGGCAACACGUGAGAGACUCGCACUGAGCUGAAAUGAAAAAAAAACGUUAACAUGCAUGUUCAUAAACACUUGCAAAGUUCACACUCUACAGGAUAGUGAAAGGGUUGUUACACAAAUAACCACUAUAGAUGACAAUAAAAAGUGAAAGACAUUUAGAAUUUUUUUUAUGUCCUAUUGUUCAAAUCCCUGUCGAUUGUGUUCAUCUUUUUAGUCGGCCUAUAUUUGCCAUUUUGGACAAGUAAGUUUGGCAAGUGAAACAUCUCAGCUACUUGCCCAAAGGGCCUGCUGAUGGUGUGUGUUGCUCUGGAGCUCAGCGCUGUGGAAGAGAGACAGACGGCGUUGGAGAGUUGAUGGUGGCUGCACUCGCUGCAUUGCUGUGCACGAAAGCUUCGCGAAUAAAAAGCCCCGCGUGACAGCUGACAUAAAACAAAGGAUGGGAUCGGGCUCAAUAGUUCAAUAUAGCCAACACGGUAAAAACAAAUGCCUUCAUCGUCCCCUAAAGAAAUAUUGUAAAUCCAACAAAGUCACGUUUAAAUAAUUGUUGGGAUCUGACCCUGCUCUCCUGGCUGGCUGAGACCUUCACACGUGUUUUUCAAACAAAGGAGCAGCC